AUGGCGAACGCUCUUACUACUGAAGAGCAUGUCAGGACAAUGUUCCGCCCGGAACACAGGGUCCAUCUGCCGGAGCCAGGGAUGUUAAACCUGCAAGAAGACGAUUCGUCUGCGCUUGUUUCAAAGCUCACUACUCAGCAAGGCGACGAAUCCACAAAGUGCUUGGCCCUCUGUGAACCAAAGUGCGAUAAACUUAAUGUGCCAUACUAUUUGCAGGUAAUGUCAGCGUUCUGUUAAAGUGAUUUUUGAGUUUAAAAAACAGGCUGAAAGCACAAGUAAACAGCUCUCACGUUUCGGCCCAUAUUUCUUUUAGUCAUAAGUUGCCUUGAAGAUGAACAAAGAACAUUUUUGCAACUAAAGUACAAAAGAACAGAAAGUUUACGACUGCUCGGAUUUGAAUGCAUCUUUAUUCUGUUUUUAAUAUUACCUUCAAUGACAUUAAUUUCCGUUUUCCUUUACAGAAAAACGAAAGCUUCUUCCAAUAUGAGCAAACUCCUAUAAACUGCGUGUUGGCGUCUACAGUUGUUUUCUCCUACAAGCACCGAUGCAAGUGGCUGUGUUUGUACCUCUUUGACUGCUGCCGAGCCUGUAAUGCCAAAUAUGCUAAAUGCUACAAUCUACUCCGCUUUUGGAAAGGCGGCCCAGCAUUCUGCUAUCGAAAGAGUUACCUCUGUAUGUGCACAUGUUUGGGCAAGCACCACCCCCCAGAGAAUUAUAAGAGCUUUCCACCGAUCAGCAAGGGAUAG